AUGUGCUGCCUCGUCGCUUUACCUUUCAUUCUGUUCGCCAAUGUUUACGUCGCUAGCUACCGAAGCAGAAGUGAGGUGGGAAUAGUGAACCUUUGCGAUGCGAACAUUCGAAUUCGAUGUCAGUCAGUGCUGUUGGACAAAAGGGACGUGUUCCUGUCACCACACCAACAGUUCCGGUACCGAUUCGUCGACACUAGUUCAGGUAAGCAGAAUUGCACAAGGAAUCGUCUUCCAUUUCCUCAUCGUCACGAAGACGAAGAGGAAAUGGCAAUCGAAAACGAAGCAAGAUCAGAUGAAUAUGAAGAAGUGCGAAGAAAAAUCUCUGUUCAUUUAGAUCAGAAGAAAUCGGCACUUUUGGUGCGAUGCGUAUGGGCUCUUUGGAUUCUGGGAGAACUUCGACGUCUUCGGAAGAACGGCGCCGACUCGACGGAAUAUCACAUGGAACAUAAGCAUUUGUUGCCACGUUGUGAGGGUUACUGCGCAAUAAAAAGUGAGCCAAAAGUGAUCGAUGGUACAAAACGACAGGCGAUCUCCACAUACAAGAAAGCGCUUGAACUCAACAUCAACAAGUAA